CGCACACAAACUCAAGCAUGACCUUAGCAACCAUCGUGAGCGAGCUACGUCGAGGCGGCGCGCAUACUGCCAGGGCUGUCCAGCGUUUGGUUCAAGCGGAGCAUGUGGACACAGCGUUGGCACCCGAGCUGCUUCGCCUGGUAACGUCAACGGAUGCGGACGUGGGUGUGCCGUCGUUUCUCGCGUUCGCCAAGCUCUGUGGCAACUUGGACGUGGCGACGCAGCCGACUUUUUCGGAUGAUGUGGGUCUGGUCGUGUCGGACCAAUUGCAAUCGCGAGAUAUUCGCAUGCAGGCAGCGGCCGCGUUGGCCUUGACCAACUUGACGAGCCACAACAUGGCCAUGGACAGCACGAUCCUUUCUCGAGUCGUGGACGUUUUAGAAGAUGAAAACGCUCACGAAGGCAUCCAACGAGCGCUUCUUGGCUACAUUGGCAACGCCAGUGCCGUGCCAGAUGCCGCGCGCAGUCUUUUGGAAGACACUAAUUGCAUGCAAGUGUUGUCUGAACUGCUCCAAGCAGGUCGCGGCGAGUCCCUUCGAAGUGCGGCAGCCUUGACCAUUGGCAACGUACUGUCGACACGUGACGUGAUGGCCCAGAAUCAACUUCGAGAGGUGGGCGGACUGCCAGACCUGGUGCUGCUCUUGUCUCACACGUACCUUCCAGACACCAACGAGUGCUCGGCGUGGGCCAUCAGCCACGGGGUACAUCAGAACAUCCUGAGCCAAGACUUGGUUGGCGAUGCUGGAGCUAUCAAUCUGCUGCUCAGACUGUUGGGAUCCCCCGACGAUGACGUGCGCCGCAAUGCCAUCAUGGCCCUUUACAGCAGCGCCGUCGGCCACGCCGCCAACCUUGCUCGAUGCAAAAAGAACCAUGGCGACCAACUAGUCCAGGACCUCCUGCACGACGACGUGGACGAGUGUCGGACGUAUGCAUCGCUCUUGCUUCAAGAAUUCUAACUCGGCCUAGUCCACCCGAUUAGGUUAGGGUUACAUAUAUACAGUAGCAAGUAGUAAUACUGUUAACAGUAUACUUACUGCAUUACUGCAGGUUGGAUUAUUCCGAAAUAUAAGUCGUGCGAAGUCGAC